AUACUUGCUUGUUUAUCAUUUGUCAGCUGUAAUCAAACGGUGGUGAUCUCGUGCUGCUACAGUUUCGUCCUUCAGUGAAGGUUUUUCGCUGGCCGAAAAUAAAUCUCCCUGGUUUCUGACGCCGUCUCAUCACCGGACCAAGCCACUGCAAAUGAUCCGGAUAUUGAACCAACUCCGUGCCUUAAGUAGGAAAGCCUUCAGCAAACGCUAUCUGCUCUACACGAACGUAGCCAUCUCGUUCAGUCUGUCCGGAAUGGGUGACAUAAUUGAGCAGCAUUACGAAAUUUACACGGGGACCUUGGAAUGCUGGGACCGUCAGCGUACGCACCAAAUGUCCAUAUCGGGCCUGACGGUUGGCGUUUUCUGCCACAAUUGGUAUAACUUCAUGGACCGCAAGUUUCCUGGCCGAACGCUCCGAGUCGUGCUGAAGAAGGUGCUCAUUGACCAGGCCAUAGCUUCGCCGAUUGUGAUCUUUAUGUUUUUUGCGACGCUGGGCGUUCUUCGGAAGGCUUCCGUGGACGAAACCAUUCAGGAGAUGAAGGAUAAGUUCGUUCGGUUGUACACGGCGGAGUGGGUCGUGUGGCCACCGGCACAGUUGUUCAACUUUUACCUCCUGCCGACCAAGUACCGUGUUCUUUACGAUAAUACGAUUUCGCUAGGGUACGACGUUUAUACAAGUUAUGUUAUAAAUGAGAAAAUAGAUCAUAGUCAAGAUAACAAUAGUAAUUCAAGCUAACAUUAGUAGAAUUCACGUUACAGCUGUACUCAAAGAAACAUAGAAAGUAUAAUUUAAAAUAGAUGAGAAAAAGCAAUUCAAUAAUAUUGAAUCAAAGAAGAUCGCAACGUGUAGUUUCACCUUCAAUAAAUAACAAAUGUUAGAAGCUUCUAGUGCUAUUUUCCAAUAAGGUUAUUACAAA